CCUUAGAGGAAGUGAGAACAUGCGUUUGGAAUGUAUUUGGAAGUGCGGUAAAGCUACGUUGGCUGGUUGGCAACUGGAAUUUUAAGCAGUCAUUUACUAGUAUAAAGCAAUGUUCCAUUUUACAGUAGUUCCAGUAGAUGACAAAGAAAAGGUGGAAUAUGACUACGUGGAAGGCUUUAACAGUGUGAAUUAUCGGCACACAAGUCAAGACUUGCGGGAUCCGUAUGAUACUGUUAGUUCGGAUGGUCAUGGGAGCCACAAAGAAAAUAGCCCAUUUCUCAAAAGCUCAGAGCGAAACAAGGGCAUUGAUUUCUAUGACCGGAAUUUGGCCUUAUUUGAGGAGGAACUGGAUAUCCGACCUAAAGUCUCUUCACUUCUCAGUCGCCUGGUGAGCUAUACCAAUCUGACACAGGGAGUGAAGGAGCAUGAUGAGGCUGAAAGCGCAGAGGGAGCACAUAAAAAGGUAUCUAAGUCGCCUAGUAUGGGCACUUUGAUGGGUGUCUAUCUUCCCUGUCUGCAAAAUAUCUUUGGAGUAAUACUGUUCCUUCGACUAACAUGGAUAGUGGGAACGGCUGGAGUGUUGCAGACGCUGGUCAUUGUUCUGAUAUGUUGCUGCUGUACCCUACUCACAGCUAUAUCGAUGAGUGCCAUCGCCACAAAUGGUGUAGUACCAGCUGGUGGUUCAUACUUCAUGAUUUCUCGAUCCCUUGGUCCAGAAUUUGGAGGAGCUGUGGGUCUCUGCUUUUAUUUAGGCACGACAUUUGCCGGAGCCAUGUAUAUACUGGGAGCAAUUGAAAUCCUCUUGGUUUACAUUGCUCCUUCGGCUGCCAUAUUUCAUUCUCCUAACUCUCAUGAUGACUCCAGUGCCAAGCUGAACAACAUGCGAGUUUACGGCACAAUCUUUCUUACCCUGAUGACAUUUGUUGUGUUUGUGGGGGUCAAAUACGUGAACAAAUUUGCAUCACUCUUCCUUGUUUGUGUCAUCAUUUCCAUCCUGUCCAUCUAUGCAGGUGGUAUCAAAUCAAUUUUUGACCCACAUUGGUUUCCAAUUUGUGUGCUAGGCAACAGAACCCUUUCUAGAGACCAAUUUGACAUAUGCGCCAAGACAACAACGAUAGAUAAUCUGACAGUUGCUACAAAUUUGUCAUUACUAUUCUGUGGAUCGUCAAAUUUUUCCAGUAACUUGUGUGAUGAAUAUUUUCUUCAUAAUAAUGUCAGUGAAAUUUCUGGCAUUCCUGGAGCUGCCAGUGGGAUUUUAAGAGAUAACCUGUGGAGUAAUUACCUAGAAAAAGGUUCAAUCCUUGAGAAAUUCCAAAACCUCUCUGUAGAUGUUCUGGGAUCUAAGAGCAAUCUUCAUCUGUAUGUCCUUGCAGACAUAACAACCACAUUUACAGUACUUGUUGGCAUAUUUUUCCCUUCUGUGACAGGAAUUAUGGCUGGAAGUAACCGAUCUGGGGACCUGAAAGAUGCUCAAAAAUCAAUUCCUGUAGGCACCAUUUUAGCCAUAAUCACCACUUCAUUGGUCUAUUUCAGCACUGUGGUACUUUUUGGUGCAUGCAUUGAGGGUGUCGUUUUACGAGACAAGUAUGGUGAGGCAGUGAACAAGAAUUUGGUGGUUGGGACCCUUUCGUGGCCUUCUCCAUGGGUUAUAGUUAUUGGAUCUUUCUUUUCUACUUGUGGAGCUGGGUUGCAAAGUCUAACUGGAGCACCUCGAUUGCUGCAAGCAAUUGCUAAGGACAAUAUAGUCCCAUUUCUGCGAGUAUUUGGACAUGGUAAAGCAAAUGGUGAGCCAACCUGGGCUCUGCUCCUCACGGCUCUGAUUGCUGAGCUGGGAAUUCUCAUUGCCUCCUUGGACAUGGUAGCACCCAUCUUGUCAAUGUUCUUCUUGAUGUGUUACCUCUUUGUUAACUUAGCAUGUGCUGUUCAAACUCUACUGAGAACACCAAACUGGAGACCAAGGUUCAAAUAUUAUCACUGGGCUCUUUCCUUCCUGGGUAUGAGUAUAUGCUUGGCCCUGAUGUUCGUUUCCUCUUGGUAUUAUGCUCUUGUGGCUAUGCUCAUUGCUGGAAUGAUUUACAAAUACAUAGAAUACCAAGGAGCUGAAAAAGAAUGGGGAGAUGGAAUCAGAGGUCUCUCUCUCAGUGCCGCUAGAUAUGCCUUGUUGAGACUGGAAGAAGGACCACCGCACACCAAAAAUUGGAGGCCACAGUUGCUAGUUCUCCUAAAAUUGGAUGAGGACUUGCAUGUUAAGUACCCACGACUACUCACUUUUGCCUCUCAACUGAAAGCUGGGAAAGGAUUAACCAUUAUAGGCACAGCUAUACAAGGAAACUUUUUGGACAGCUAUGGGGAGGUUCAAGCUGCUGAACAGACCAUUAAAAACAUGAUGGAGAUAGAGAAAGUAAAAGGAUUCUGUCAGGUUGUUGUUUCCAGUAAAGUCAGAGAAGGAAUCUCACAUCUAAUCCAGUCAUGUGGACUUGGGGGGAUGAAGCAUAACACUGUGAUGCUAGGAUGGCCUUAUGGCUGGAGACAAAGUGAAGACCCUCGAUCAUGGAAAACUUUUAUUGAAACUGUACGAUGCACAACCGCAGCUCAUUUGGCACUUAUGGUCCCUAAAAAUGUCUCUUUCUAUCCAAGCAACUAUGAGCGUUAUCUGGAAGGAAAUAUUGAUGUCUGGUGGAUUGUGCAUGAUGGUGGGAUGCUUAUGCUGCUGCCAUUUCUGUUAAAACAGCAUAAGGUGUGGAAAAAGUGCCAAAUGAGGAUUUUUACAGUAGCACAAAUGGACGACAACAGCAUCCAAAUGAAGAAAGACCUUGCAACCUUCCUUUAUCAUCUUAGGAUUGAAGCAGAAGUGGAAGUAGUAGAAAUGAACAAUAGUGACAUCUCUGCAUAUACAUAUGAGAGAACGCUAAUGAUGGAGCAGCGCUCUCAGAUGCUGAGACAGAUGCGUCUCACCAAGACUGAAAGAGAUCGUGAGGCCCAGUUAGUGAAGGACAGACAUUCUAUUGUUCGUUUGGACAGCUUGUAUUCUGAUGAAGAGGAGGAGCCUGAGAUAGAACCAGUGAAAAUUCACAUGACCUGGACCAAAGACAAGUACAAUGCUGAGAAGCGGGUGAAAAAUAAUGCACCAGAGCACUUCAGGGAACUUGUUAACAUAAAACCCAACCAUUCUAAUGUUCGGAGGAUGCACACCGCAGUGAAGCUGAAUGAGGUUAUAGUGACCAGAUCACAUGAUGCCAAAUUAGUAUUACUCAACAUGCCAGGGCCCCCUAAAAACACAGAUGGAGAUGAAAAUUAUAUGGAGUUCCUUGAAGUUUUGACAGAAGGUUUGGAAAGGGUUUUGCUGGUUCGAGGAGGAGGAAGAGAAGUAAUCACGAUCUAUUCUUGAUGCAGAAUUUCCCUACAACAACUCUGUGCCUUUUGAUCCCAAUUUUCUGAGCAUAGUGCAGGAAAGUCUUCUGUGAGUUUGUGUGGUUUUGGUAAGUGUAGAAGUGGAAGCCUGUAACAUUUUUACAUAAAACUCUACACAACAUGGGGUCAAUUUACUAAGAUGGGAGUAUUUUUAGAAUUGAUGAAGUUGCUCAUAGCAACCAAUCAGAUUCUAUUUAACAUUUAUCUAGCUGCUUCUAGAAGAUUAUAGACAGAAUCUGAUUGUUGCUGUGGGCAACAUCACCAGUUCUACAAAAACUCCCAGCUUAGUAAAUUUACCCUCAUGUUUGUUUACAACCCCAGAAAUUUUCCCACAGCCCAUCUAAAGCUGGAGUUUUCAGAUGUCUGCAUGAGUUAGUAAGAAGAAAGAAUAUGCAAACUCAUAUUUUUUUCCUCUUACCCAUUUAUUGUAUUUGUUGCCUUUUUGAGAUGCACUGCUAAUGUUUUGUUAUUGACAAACUUUUUAAAAAAGUUGAUGAAUACCUACAGUAUUGUUAUAAACUAUUGUCUUCUACCAAAGUUGAAUAAAUUUGUUUAUUAUAUAA